AGUGCCUUGCUUCGACGGAGUGCACAUAGGGACUCGACGACCGCUCUGUAGCGUUGCCUCGCCCCCGCUGCACUAUGGAUUGUAUCUUUCAACCCGGCUCCAGUUUGUGUGUUGUGCGAUGAUUAUUGUCGGUGUGCACCACUAGCAGCCAUGGCCCUUUGCUGUAAAUAUCUGCACCACUCUUGGAGACUGUCAACGGUGAAUGCUGUCGUUUUCUUUGUGAUUUUGGCAAGUCUGGCCGCGACGACAGCGUCCCAGAAUGUCAUCACUCAGGAGUGCGACUGGACAGGAAGUGGCUCAUCAGGUGCUAGCGACCGAGAGGUUACUCCUGUCUACCUGCGAUGUACACAAGGGAGAGUGAAUUGGAAGCUUCCUCGUGGCGCCAUCCGGGUGGUGCUGCGUCUCCCCAGCCCUGUGUCAUCCGUGGCCCCCUUCAGGGCGUGCGUGCGUCCCUUGAAAGGUGGCGGUGGCGCCACCAUAUGGUUGGAAAAGGGAGGCAGUCUGAAGAAAAUGUUCAGAGAGGUCAGGGUGCAAAAGGGCUCCCCGCAGUCUUAUAAAUGUGCCCAGUCUCAAAACGGACAAGUCGUCCUGUUCGUGGACACCGUAGCAGGCGCUCCCGAAAGAGAUCUCAGCUUUCUCUAUCAUCUCGAGCAACUGCCCUUGAAUGGCGUAUAUAAUCCUGAAAAUGAGUGCAAACCCUGUACAAUGGAGGAAAUGGCCAAGGCCUUCUGCACAAGUGACUUCGUUGCCAGAGGCCGGAUUGUGCGGACCUACCAAAAUAACGCCCUGAAGCAGACCACGCUGUUAGUACAAGUAACCAAGUCUCUUCGAAGCCUCCAGGAUGACCCUACCCUGAGCGACGAGGAGAUUGAGAAUGUGAUCCCAGCUCCAUUGGACGAAAACAAGGUCCACUUGGUGAUCGGGCAGCACUGCGGGGCUCAUCAGGGUGAAGGCGAGUUCGUCUUCAUGGCGAGACGCAAACUUGGUGACCUGACCUUGACCUGCGCCCCCACGCUAGGCGAAUGGAUACGGGUGUCGAAGAGGCUCAACAGGAAAGACUCCACCGAGUGCAUUCUCACCGUGUAGUGAACAUUACUCAAAGACUUCUGCUCGCGGAAGAAAAUUGACGAUUCAUGUGAAAAGUUAACUAACUUUCUGUAAAGAAACGAGAACUACUUAUUGUUUUGUUGUUUAAUCUGUAUCGACUGCAAUUAGAUCGAUGUGUGCCUGAGGCGUUUUUGCAAGUGCAUAGAGCGACCGCCAGUCCUGCAAAAAAUGGCGGCCUCUUUUAGUCAAACGACAAUUUUAAGUGAUCUCGUUGAUUUUUCGCAAAUUUCACAGUUCAGUGCGUUCUUUUCCGUUCAAGUUGUACAUAAAAGAGAUAAUUUCCACUCGUUCCGAGUGCACAAGGCCCGACAGUGCAAUCAAUUUCGUGUGUAGCGUGCAUUAAAAGCGGCAACACGUGUGUGCCUUCGUUUUAUGGACGUAUAUAUGUUUUUGCAUGCAUCAAAGUGCCAGCCAGCAUGUGUGAAAGAGUGUAAAAUUUAAUUCCCGUGUAAAACACGGCGAGAGCUGGGAACUCGUCUCCUCGCAAUGUGCGAUGCGCGUCUUUUCGGGAGAGUUCAUUGCCGCGCUCAAAAAAGUUAAACAAAUAUACUCUGUUGGCUAGAAGAAUGCCAGCCCAUUCGUUCAUUUUUAGCAUCUCAGUGCCACACUUUCCUUUCAAAAGGUGACAAUUGAAAUCUAAUUGAAUUAACUCUUUGGGCUUGCCUUUGAUUUUGAACUCCCGGAUGACCCGCAUUUCCGUACAUUUUUUUUUAAGUUAGUAGCAAAGCAAAUGUGCUGCAUUCCUACAGUUAAUUUUAAUUUCGAAGUCAAUCAUUAUCGUGCAUCCGAUUUAUUUUGAUAACGAACUCAUCUCCAUUCCUUUAGUUGCCUAAUCCACUCCCCGCCUGAUUUUAAUAACUAUUUUCCAUUCACACCGAAUAGAAUUUGUGAAUUCCGGUGCCAAAAGCUUUAUUCUCGAAUAUUAACACUUUCCCCACUAAUUGACUAGUAGUUUUAAGUUGGCUCUUAGUUUUAUUUCACAGAACGCACUGAACUAUCGAAACUGUGAGCAAAUUGUGUAAAAUAGUUGGUUUCCUGAGACUCUGAUCUCCAUUCAAGUGCAAUCAAGUGUGGUGCAAAAAAUUCGGCUCCGUAAUUACGCUUCAUGCGCGGAGGGAGAAAGUUGGUUACUUUCUGCCUUUGAUAUCAGCACAGGCAGCGCGCCUUGGGUAAUAAAUUUAUUGCAGAGCGGAGUGAAAGGCUCGGCGCGCGGCAUCACUCAAAUUAUUCACUCUCUCGCGAGCCAUUAUUUUUCAAAUUGCCCUUCAUGUUGUUCACAAUGCGAAAUAAAUUUUGCUCCAAUCCGCCACGGGCUGCCCUUUUCUCCGACGUCAAUUCUGAUUGGGAAAUGGCAAAUUAAAGUCGGUCGGCGCAGAGAGCCUCGAUUUUGGCGCAAAAAGUACUCCUGACAUGGUCUCAAUGCUGAUCAUGUGAUUUUUUUAAAACAAAAACUACUCGCUUUGCUUGCGCAUCACUUUCCGUGACGAUUCAUGAAUCAUUCAUGUUUGCGCAAGCGGCUUCUGGACAUGUGCAAUUUAUUUACCCGAGAUUGCACGCGCGCUGCCUGAAUUUAUUGCACCAUCACUCUUGUCUGAAAGCGAAUAUAUGUUGUUCAAAUGUGAUUUUGCUGAUUGUAAUACGCAGAGUAUGAUUUUUUACUAAAAAUAACUUGUGUAUGAGAGAAAUGUGUGUCAAAUGAAACCCCGGUUGACUCUUCGAUCUAAUUUGUUAAUGUGUACCAUCUGUGAUAAAUUUGAUAAAUUCUAAAUGAUUAUCAACCUUCAUGUAAAUUUGCAAUGAAUAAAAAAAAUAAAACUGAUAUUGAGAGAGAAA